AUGAAAACCCCUUCCAUCCUCCUCGCCACCAUCUCCUCCCUCCUCCCACUAACCGAAGCCCUGGUCGGCCUACAAUGGAGCGUCGCCAACGUCUCCUCUUCCGGUCUACAAAACAUCACAUUCCCCAUCUCCAUCGCCAACGCCCCGCACAAAGCAGGCUUCUAUUUCGCCCAACAGUUCGCUUUCAACGGUGUCUCUGAUGUCGGAUACACAGGCCUCCAACCCCGCCCCGACAAAGACGGCUCGAGCAUCAUCCACGCCGUCUUCUCCAGCUUCAUCCCGGGAUCAACCAGUACCGACAAUAACUGCCACAACGGAGCCGAUGGCGGAGCGGGCGUGAGCUGCGCCGUGGAAAUCCCCGCCACCUACGCACAUAAAUAUAACCUCGUCGUGGAGAAUACCGCCGAGACAACAUGGACAGGCACGCUGGUGGACACGGUCACGGGGGUCGCGACUCAUAUUGGUGCGUAUGCGCUGCCUUCUGGGACGGGCGGCAUCAAAGGAAGUCAGGGUGGGUUUGUUGAGUAUUAUCCGUGGAACUCGCAGUCGAGCCAUAAGUGUGGUUCGUUGCCACGUACGGUCGCCACGUUUGGAGAACCUUCGACUGGAACGCCUGGGGCGGGAUCUCCGAGUUUGUUUAAACCGUAUGAGUAUGGGGAUUGCACUGGACAGGUCAAGUUCGGUGUACGGACGACGGAUGAUGGGUAUGAGGUUACGGUUGGGUUUUGA